CGCUGUCUGGCGAGUAGCGCUGGGUUGUGCGUCACUUCGCUCGAUACGGGUUGCUUCAGCUUGAAGAAAAUAGUAAGAAACAUUUUUUUUUGCACUCUGGAAUUGUCUUUUCAAGCGAGAAUUAGAUAAGCUCGCCGCAGAGAAAUAGGCCGUUCUGAGGAAACUGAAAGCUGUUAGAGCCUCUUUGCAUGAUUACCACACAACAGCAGCGGAUAAAUUUCACCACGAACCGUUUUCAACGUCGUUACGGCUCGCCCUCCGACUGAGCGCCACUUUACAGUAAAAGUGACUGAAAUGCACACGCUACGGAGCGCUAAAAAAAAAUGAACGCCAAAAUGCUCACUGCUGCUUCGUUUUAGAAGCGGUGUGCGCGCGAAUGUGGCGCGAGCUGCUGCUGCUGCUGCUGCUGCUGCUGUUGUUGGUGCGGCUCGUGCCGCGCAUGAACUUGACGAAUUCAUUUACAUUAUUAUUUUUAUACGCGAGAACCGGCGUUGAACGAGGUAAAACUGUGGUCGUUGGGCUGGGAAUCUGACGUGCGGUUCGGGACUGAACUGAGAUUCAUGUCGAGACUCAUUUUCUACAUCAGAACAGAUUGACUCUCGAGUCGAGCCGUCGGCGCCUCAGCCAAGGUGAGCAAGGAUGCACAUGACCCGCAGUCCUGCCUCCCUCCCCGGUGCCGCCACGGGGGAGGCGCUCGACCUCAGCCUCACCGGCUCCCAGCUAACCGUGUCCCAGCGGCCCUGCGGCACCUCGCCUGCCAAACACUUUACCCGUUCCGUGUCAGUAGCAGGCGAAGGGCGCGGAAAGCACAACACGCUGUCUCAAGUCGGACCGGGCGGCUCCCGCUCAAUCAAGAACUUGCGUCGAUCCAACAGCACCACUCAGGUGAACCAGCGAGGGAACCUGAGCAUCAGUGAGGACAAGACCGAGGACUUCCUGGCCUUGUUUGACAGCAGCUCGGACGGGAGGAAGAAGCUGGCCGGCCUCAGCAGGGCCUCUCCAGACCGGACCACCUGGAAUAUCCUGGAUGACCAGCCGCGUACCUUCCCAGCACCCUCCAGCACCCGCAGCGCUGGGAGCCUCGACUCGCCCACGGGCCUACGGACGAGGGAGGCUGGUGUGCCGCUAGCACCCAACUUCACUGCCAACAACAGAAGCAACAAAGGUGCCGUCGGCAACUCGGUGACCCCCAUCCUGCACAACAACCACUCGGACAAGCCUCUCACACCCAAGAGCUCCAAUCAGAAGCCUUCCUUCAACAACAUCCUCAAAGCCACGGUGAACGACGAAAUUCCCCCAGAGAGCUCGUCCCUGACCAAGUCGCAGAAGAACUUUUCAUCCUCGUCUUCCACGUCCAACAAUAACGCGGUGCGGGGCAGCCCUGUCCUCGCCAGGCGCCGCGAAGUCACUGAGGAGGAGGCCGAGAGGUUCAUCCAGCAGGUGAACCAUGCGGCUAUCACCAUCCAGCGCUGGUAUCGACGGCACCGCCAAAGGCGGCGUGCUGGAGAAGCUGCCCUCCGACGACUCCUUGCAGCAAAGAAGAAGGAGCGGGAGCAGAAAGCGGAGGAAGGGCAGAGGUCCCCGGAAUUGCAGAAGAAGAAGGAUGAGGAGAGGAAGCGCAUCCGUGAGGAGAAGGCACGGCUGGCUCGGGCGGCUGCACUACAGGAACUGCAUCAGAAACGGACGCAGCGAGCUUCCGAGGUCCAGAGGGUAGCGCAGCAGGAACUGGAGCUCCUGAGGCAGAAUGGCAAGCUUGGCCGCAGGAAGCCUGCUAAGACCUCGCAAAUCAACAAGAGCGCCAGUCCCAUGGCAGAUGUAAAGGCCAAGAACACGGACACCAAUGUGAACGCGCUUGAUGAGCCGGUAGACGUCUCUAACCUGCGCCCGGAGUCUCCCACUGCCUCUCAGGGAAGAGGCUCCCAGGGCUCCGAGGAGAUCCAGAGGACAGCGAGUGUGGAGGACCAGCAGCAGGCUCCUUCAUCCAGCAGAGCACAGUCCAAAACAACCCUCAAUGACCUGCUGGAUACCCUGAAGCUUCUCGAGGAGGAACCGGAGAGGCUGUCGGAGCCCAAGAGCUGCAGGAAGGACAAGUACGCCUGGAUCGAUGAGGAUAGAGACGCCACGUCUCUGACGGCCGACAACCUGGAGCGCCACGGGCAGCUGAGCCAGGCUUCGGCCCUGCCUGAUGGGGGAGCCCUGCUCUCUGAGGCCAAGCUCCAGAGCAUUAUGAGCUUCCUGGAUGAGAUGGAGAAGUCGGAGCAGGAGCGACCGCGUUCGGUCACCUCCGGCUCCCACAGAGAGGCGCUGCUGUCGGAGGAGGAGCUCGCGUGCGUGGAGCAGGCAUCGGCCACGGCAGCGGAGGUCACGAGCUCCAUGAUGAGGAUGAAGCUGGAGUUGGAGGAGAAGAGACGCACUGUCAGCAUGCUGCAGACCGCCCUGGCCCAGCAGCGUGAGCUUACUGUCCGGCACGUGAAGGACACGGAGAAGGAGCUGAACCGUACCUUCCAGCUUCAGAAGGAGCAAUAUGAGGCCACCAUCCAGAGGCACUUGGCCUUUAUCGACCAGCUGAUUGAUGACAAAAAGGCCUUGAGUGAGCGGUGUGAGGGUGUGGUCGGCGAGCUCAAGCAGGUGGACCAGAAAUACACCAAGAAGAUCGCCCAGAUGCAGGAGCAGCACGAAUUGGUGUGGCACAUUCUGGGUCCCUUGUGUGAGGAAAUCAAGAAACUGAAGGAGCUGAUGAGCGCCACGGAGAAGAUCCGCCGUGAGAAAUGGAUCAAUGAGAAGACCAAGAAGAUCAAGGAGAUCACUGUGAAAGGCCUGGAGCCCGAGAUUCAGAAGCUCAUCUCCAAGCACAAGCAGGAGCUGGCCCGGCUGAAGGUGCUGCACGAGGCGGAGCUGCAGCAGGCCGACGAGCGCGCCGUCCAGCGCUACAUGCAGCAGAGCGAGGAGCUGCGUCAGCAGCUGGAGAGGGAGAGGGAUGAGCACACACUACGGGAGAGGGAGCUAGCCAGGCAAAGGUACGAGAAGCAGCUCCAGGAAGAAGAGCAGGCACUACAGCAACAGCGGAGGAGACUCUACAAGGAGGUGGCUGAGGAGAAGGAGCGUCUGGCCCAGUUGGCUGCCAGGCAGCGUGCGGAAUUGGACGACUUGAGGAGGAGGCUGGAAGACAACAGUUCUGUGGCUGGUCGGGCUCUGCGUGAGGAGAUGGAGAAACACCGUGAAGAGCAGGAGAGGCGGCACCAGGCAGAGAUGAAGGCCUUGAAGGAGAGGUUGGAGAUUGAAAAGCAGGCCUGGGAGGAGAAUUACAUGAAAAAAGAGGAAGCUUGGCUGCUUAGUCGGGAGCGGGAACUGAAAGAGGAAGUGCGCAGGGUUCGAGACAAGGAGAUUGAGUUGGCCAUUCAGAGGCUGGAGGAAGAAACAACUGGCGCCAGAGAGGAAUGCGAAAGAGCGGCGGAGAACCGGGUGAAGCGCGUCCGAGACAAAUACGAGGCAGAGCUGCGGGAACUGGAGCGGUCGGAGAGGGGCACGCAGGAGAAGUACAGGGAGCUGAAGAAGAAGCAGAAUGAGACGGAGAACGAGGUCAUCCGCCUGCAGGCCCUGCUGCGCCAGAAGGAGCAGGAGGUUCAAGACAUCACCCAGGUUCGGGACAAGCUGUUGGAGGAACGCCGCAGCAUGGCCGAGGUGAUUCGGCAGGAGUUCGCCGAGCGACUGGUGGAGACUGAGGAGGAGAACCGGCGCAUGAAGGUGGAGGUGUCUGAGCUGCGGGCUCGUCUUCGUCUCGAGGUGGAGAGGGUGGCCCGCGAGAAGGAAGAGGAGCUGGCCGAGGUUCACCAGAGGGUGAAAUCAGCCAUCUUGAAGAAGGAGGAAACUGUUAACAACCUGCGGAAGCAGCAUGAAGCAGCUUUAAAGAGAGCAGACCACCUAGAAGCUCUCCUGGAACAACAGCGGAAGCAGCUGCUGGACAAGUUAGGGGGCUUCUCCUCGUGAGUCCGUUUGGACCCUUCGCCUGUUACCCUGGCGGUUCCCACAGAUGCGCUUCAUGCGGAUGCAGGGGAAGAGGAACUUGUGUGAACCCCCGUCGCAGCUCCCACUCGACUGGAACCACAUGUCCCGGACGUCACCCUAUGGAUGUCGUGGUCGGUUCAGACCAAUGGGGGGGUGUCUCAGCCACAACCCUGAAAACACAAGCGCCAACUUUAGUCUCUUUGGUAUAUUUGUAGGCACACAGACUCCACCCUCUGCAGGGUGUUAAUGCAUCCAGUGAGAGGUCGCAGGGGCUGGAUGCCCUGGGGGGGUGUGAUAUGGGGGGCCAAGGAAGAGAUUUCAGCAAACACACCCCUCAGGCCUCCAGCUGAUGUCACUUCCCCUUCGUCAUUGUCAGCCGGAGCAGAACGGUCUUUGUUCAGCGCACAGGCGCUGUUUUGUCUCUGCGUCCCUUGAGGCCUUCUCUGAUGACAGGAUUGGUCCUGCAGCUCCCUCAGCCCCCCCACCCCCACUCCUCUUCAGGCCCUCCUGUCCAUAUGACAGACGCUGAGGUUUGUUGACGGUAGCAAGAUCCGUAGGUGAACCAACCUUUUGUCUAGUGUAGCUGGGGAGUUUGUGAAGGUACUUUAUAGGGUUUUCUAGAAGGUCUAAGGGCACGUCUUACUGGAGGGUUUUGCGAGCUCAGUGUACAGAGAUGAUUUAGAGACGGACAGCAGGUGGCGUAGUGGUUAGUGCUGUUGCCUUGUAUACAAGGACCCAGGUUUGAGUCAAAACAAAACAAAACUCUGCUGUAUAAAUGGGUAAAUCACUGCAACUUAGUGUACAAACCUACAAACGAGGUAAAUGAUAAACCAGAUAAAUAAAUAAAUAGUCUAUGGCUUGUGGAAUAUUUUAGGUGUAAAAAUAACAGUGCAGCUGAAGGGUUUGAAUGUAGGGUGUAAUGGAAGGGAAGAGGGAGGAGCUAAAGAAUGUAGAGGAAGUGAUUUUGGGAUUAUGGAAACACACUGGAUCUGUGGGGGUUGUUCAGGGGGGUGGGCAGUCCUACAUCAUAUGACCAGGCCUGGCAGGUCACCUCCACAAAAGUAGAACAUGAUUUCACCAAGGGGAGGGGGGGGGGUGACUCUGCUGUGGCUCUUGGUCCUUUUAAUGUCUCAGUUUCACCCCCCUGCCCCCCUUCCAUCUUUGAGAAACCACACGCUCUGAUGUUUAAUCUUCAUCUUUUUCGUAUCAGAGAAAACAUUUGGACCAUUUUAAAAGGAAAAAAAGGAGGCGGUGUGAUGUUCUGCUCCCCCCCCGCUGGGUACAUCUCCCUGGUGAGCUGAGCACCUCCCCCCAUGACUCCAUGACUCCAACCCCUCCAACGUGGUUGGCAUCUGUCCUGCAUGCCAGUCCCACAUGUGCCAAUGAGCCGUUAUUGUACAUGCCUGUCAGCCACUCGUGACCUCCGACCCCUGGUGGGUUCGAGGCAGGAAGCAACUGCAACUUGAAC